UAAUAUCAUUAAUUAAUGUGAUGUAAAUGUUACUUAGUGUUUAUAUGUAGUGUGUAAGAAUAGUGAUAGUGCAAUCAGUGAUAUCAUAGUGCAGUCAUAGUGUUCAUUUUUUGUUAAAUAAAAUAUUAAAUGCUGUGAAAAUGGAUGACCAACCUUCAACCAGUGGCAUCGAGAAGAGGAAAGUUGGAGCACAAAAAUUUAGAACACCGUGGUUAGGUAUGAACAUUUUUAAAGAUUGGUUGACAUGGCAUCAGUAUCUUACGGGCGAUAUAAUACCUUUAAAUUAAUACGGUACUGAGGCUCCCACAGCGUUUGCUCAAUGCACACGCUCGGAAAUUCUCUGGAUCUUCCAGCACUAGCGGCGCAAUAUAUUGAGUUGAUGAUAAAGAGUUUAUGUUGUGAAAAGAAGGACGCUGGUACUCACGCGAUUUUUUGGCAUGCUCAUUCCACGAAAAUCAAGUGUAUGCUGGGAGUCAUAUGUAACACUUGAUUAGAAUGAUAACUAUAUUAUGAGAACAACGAACAUGACGGAACAAAGCAUUUCAUUAUGUCAAAAUAAUCACUCUGAACAAGUUGGCAUGGAAGCCAGAAAUUCAACGAUACUCGAAUCCUCUGGAGAAGAUUCGAUGCUGUUUGAAACCAUGAAACGUAUAGUAAAGCGAGAAGGUUAUAAGGAAAUAGAGAAUGAAGAGGACUUCUUCCUAGUGUCGCAGAUUCAAGAGAACCAAUACUCCAGCACAAACGUCAAGGAAGCAACACUAGAUAAGCGUCAAACGGAGGAAACAUUUCAAUGGACAGAUCUUUGCAGGAUAUGUGCUAACGCUAGUGAUCAUUUAAUAUCUAUCUUUGAGGGAGAAGGAGCGGAACUUGACUUAUCUAGUAAAAUACUCAAGUACUUGCCGAUACAAAUAUCCAGAAGUGAUACUUUGCCGUUACAAUUGUGUUAUCACUGUGCAGUCACACUAUUGGCUUGGCAUGAAUUAAGUAAAGAUUGUCUAAAUGCGGAAAAAAAGUUGCUAGAAAUAAAAGAUACACUGCAGAGUAAACAGCAGAAUUGCAAUGGUAUACCUUCAGUUAAUUUGGAUGUUCCUGCAUCAGUCACCUCUACAAUCUCAACUGUAUCUAAUGUAGUAAUUCCACAAACUGAUCAGCAGGCUGAAGGCAAAGAUAGUACAUAUGAUACAGAAGAAACUAAUAAAUCUAACAGGUCCUGCGGUGUCCAGACACCGUUUAAAGUGUUCCUGGACACGCAGAAUGUAUUUUGGAAGCCAUACAGGAAACGACCUGUGGAAGCUGUGUGUGCGAAAAAGCCAGACACGGUCAAGGACUGCGAUUCAGUCUGGGUGGCCGUUAUGGGCACAUCGCUCGAUCAACCGACCGAGUUGCCUGCGGAACAGCCGCAGAGCAUUGAUCCCUUGAGAUUGCCCGUUAAAGCGGAGGAAGUGCCGACUCCCGACGAGGGCCAGAAGAAGAAGAGAAAACGGCACAAUGCCAGCAAAUCGCACAAGCAGUGCGCAGAGUGUGGCAAAUGUUUCAAACUAAAAGACUCCUAUUUGCGGCACAUGAGGAUCCACAAGGACGAGCGACCGUUCACUUGUCACAUCUGCGGCAAACAGUUCCGCGACUCUGGCGGUCUAUCCAGACACCUGAAGGAUGUACACGCAAAGCUGAAGAACUUUACAUGCGACCUGUGCGGCCGUUCGUUCGCGUCCAAGGCCACGCGCGAAGAUCACCGACGUACGCACACCGGCGAACGGCCGUAUGUCUGCGACUCCUGCGGCAAAACUUUCAAGUCCAAGGCGUCCCUCUACAUCCACAGCAAGCUGCACACCGACGAAUUCCCGCAUGCGUGCUCAUACUGCGCCAAGCGGUUCCGCCGCCGACAGGAGAUGCUCGCUCACGUGACCAAGCACACCGGCGAAAAGAAUCACACGUGCGACACAUGCGGCAAGAAGUUCCGCAUCAAAUCCGAGCUCGCGCGGCAUCAACUCAUUCAUUCGGAGAACAAGCCGUUCGUCUGCGCCAAGUGUGGCCUCGCUUUUCGGCAGAAGCGCUACUUGAACAAUCACAUCAAAAGUCGGCACAAUGAAUUCCUGCGAGUGUAACAACGAGAACAUGCUUAGCGAUGAAACGACUCCCGCGUCUGACA